AUGCCAUCCACAUUGUUAAUCCAUUUCCUCCUCAUUACCUCCAUUGCCCUCUUCUCUGCCCCCACCGUCCGAUCAGAUGCCAAUCCAAUCCGAUUACCAACCCUAGACCACAACAACAACAACAACGAUGAUGAUGAUGCGUGCGGAGAAUGGAGCAGAAGAUCCCCUGUCUCCUCCUGCCCUGUUAAGUGCUUCCGGCCAGACCCAGUUUGUGGCGUGGACGGUGUGACUUACUGGUGUGGAUGUGAUGAUGCACGAUGCGCAGGGACAAAGGUGACCAAGAAGGGUUUCUGUGAGGUUGGAAAUAAUGGGGCUGCUGCUCAAGCUCUGCUUCUUGUUCAUAUUGUUUGGCUCAUUGUUCUUGGUUUCUCCAUCUUGUUUGGAUUAUUUUGA